ACCAGUGUCGACUUAAUAAUAAAUGAUUUGGUGUUGCAGUGUGGGAGGCGGAGUGGAGCAUCUCUCUCUCUCAUCACAGGACUGCGACAGAUGCGCAGCUGCUUCCAGCGGUUUGGUGGAAAUAGAUUAAAAAAGACAAGUCAAAGGAAAAAGUGCAUCUGAGAACUCACGAGAUAUUUUACAGUCGUGGAAUCCGCGUCAGGACGAAGGUUUGUGUUUUCAUCACAGCUCGUCUGUUGUGAUGUCAUCCUCUGAAAAUGCUGCGUCACAUGAAGUCUGUGCAGCAUCAUCCCCAGCACCAGAGUCCGAACCCCUGAGGCUCGUCCUGCUGGGGAGGACGGGAACAGGCCGAAGUUCCUCGGGCAACGCCAUCCUGGGCAGGUCGGCUUUCAGGGCGGACGUCUCCCCCUCUUCUGUGACCACGCAAUGCAAGAAGGAGACUGGGACAGUGAACGGGCGCAGCGUCUCUGUGAUUGACACCCCGGGGUUCUUCCACACACAGCUGCCACCUCAGGUGGUCAUGGCAGAGGUGGGGCGGUGUGUCACCCUGUCCUCUCCGGGACCCCAUGCCUUCUUAGUAACGCUGCAGCCCUGCAGGUUCACAAAAGAGGAAAGGGAAACGCUGGAGUGGAUCAAGGCUACAUUUGGGCCUGAAGUCCGCAGGUUCACCAUGGUGCUGUUCACCUGGGGAGACAAGCUGCAGGGCAAACACACCGGGGACUUCCUGGAGGAGAGCAAGGAGCUGCUGGAGUUUGUCAGCAGCUGCCAUGGAGGGUAUCAUGUCUUUGAUAACAGCGAGCGGGACAAGACAACAGAGUGGACGCCACAAGUCGAGCAGCUGCUGAAGAAGGUGGACAAGAUGGUGGAGGGCAAUGGAGGCGGUUGCUACAGCAACGAGAUGUUUCGGGAGGCCGAGAGGGUGAUCAAGGAGGCACAAGAGAGGAUUCUGGGACAAAACCCGGAGUCCCCUCAGAAGUUAGCUGAGGUCAAGGAGGAGCAGGGACCAGAGUUAGAGAGGAGGAGGAGGAGGGAGGAGGAAGAGGCCAGGAAGAGGGCGGAGGGCCUUUUCUGGUGCGAGCUGCUGACUGCGGUGGGGAAGGGUGCAGCAGAGGGGGCAGGAAUCAUGGGGAAGGACAAAGGGAAAGGGAAAGCUGUGACGAAGGUGAAGGUGGUGGAGAGGGCAGCCGCUCUGGCAGCGUCGCCGCUCUCCAUCAGCUCUGCCGCGAAAGUGGUGGGAGGGGCUGUGAGGGAGGGGAGUAAAGUGUUGUACAAGCAUCGAAAAACUUUGCUGCACUGAGGGAAACUUUACUGCACUGAGGGAAACUUUACUGCACUAAGGGAAACUUUACUGCAUUCAAAUGUGGUGGAGUUCUGGUCUUUAUUCAGCCCAGAGGAGAACAACUCACUCAUUCACACAUUCUAUCUGUAAUUAACAC